UCAUGAACGAGAUUGCAUCAGAGCCUUCCAUUCGGACUGUGUGCGAAGUUGGAUUCAACGCUGGCCACAGUGCCCUGAGAUGGUUGCUGCGUACCAAAGCGAAGGUGUACUCAUUUGACUUGGGAAAUCACCCGUACGCGCGGCCGGCGGCAAUGUGGCUAUCAAAUCAGUUUCCUGGGCGUUUGGACAUGACCUGGGGGGACUCACUUGCGACAGUUCCCGCAUUUCAUCGGGAACAUCCUGAUGUGAAGUGUGAGCUCAUCUUCAUCGAUGGCGGCCACAGCUAUGAUGUGGCCAUUCGUGAUUUGAAGAACUUCGCAGCCUUGGCGAAUCUGAAGAACAAUGUCCUACUAUUGGAUGACACCUUCCUUGAUGAUGUCCGUCGAGCGUGGGAUGAAAUGUUGGACAUGGGCUAUGUUGAAGAGUUUCGCAGCUACAACGGGGAAAUUAGCGUGGGGAGCUAUGGCUUCACCUUGGGAAGAUACACUGAGCGCGCGUCGGAGUUGACGACGUUGAGGGAGACCUGACGGCGCCUGGAGAGAUUGGGCCAGGGCCAAAUAUCUUAAGUCAAAAAGAAGGAAGAGAUGG